AACAUUUUCUCACUACCAUCUUGUCACAACUUUUGCUCUUCCUAAAAGAAAAUAUGGGUGUGAAAGGCAAGUUGAUUGCUUCAGUAGAGGUGAAGUGUGGAGGACACGCGGUUCAUGAUCUUUUGCACACCAGUACACAUCAUAUGCCCAACAUAAGCUCUAGUAAGAUCAGCCAUUUUGAGAUUCUUGAAGGUGAAACCUUAAAGGUUGGUUCUGUAGUUAACUGGAAAUAUAACGAUGAUGGAAAAGAUAAGAUUGCUAAGCAAGUAGUUGAAGCCAUCGAUGUCGAGAAGAAAUCAAUCACUUGGAAAGUGAUUGAAGGAGAUCUGUUAGAGUUGUAUGAUUCUUUUACUAUUAUCACAUCAGGUCAAGACGAAUGGGCUACGUGUAUAUUGGAGUACGUGAAAAAAGCUGAAGACAUACCAGAGCCACUCAUUCUCUUGGGUUGGGCCAUUCACGUGAUCAAAGAUAUGGAGGGUAACCUUCUCCAGUAAUAAAAGAUCUCUGAUGAUAUCAGAUUGCUCUUAGCAUUAUAUAUAUGUGUGUGUGUAUACAUGUGUGUGCACACGCGUUUAUUUAUACA